AUGGCUGUCUCCAUCACGGCGCCUCUCGCACCCCUGACCACCAUCUUCACGCCGCCCUGCCCCAUCUCGUGGCUCCUGACCUCCUCCAAGAACCCUUCACAGUUCCCUCCCUUCCCGACCACGGGGCCGGCAUCGUGCGAUCCUCCCAGAUGGGCUACAAAUAUUGCAGACAGGGGCUUCCAGUACUACUCGCCGGCAAUAUGUCCGAGUGGGUUCGAGGUUGGGGAGGGGUGCGAGGUCACAGAGACGAGGACGGCCGAGGGCUUCCCUGCUGUCGAGCCAGAGGAGACGGCCGCUUACUGCGUCCCCAGUGGCUUCACAUGCACGACGGACACCACGGACUUCCGGGGCGGUGUCUGGGGAGCGACAAAAGAGGAAGGCUCCCCUCUCUUCACUGCUGGACCGGCCUUGCAGAUUCGGUUCCAGGAGUCUGACCUGUCUUUCCUCGAGACUCACCCCUUAACUCCGGGCCUGACGCUGGCCGGCCUUCCUGCACAAGCAUCAGUUGCGGCUUCAGCAAGGGCGGGUCCAGGAGACUCGAUAGCGACGACGGCGACCUUUGGUCAGUUCACAACAAUCCCAACGCCCACACCACCUCCAGUCAUACCAGGGACACCGUCACCGUCUCUCACCGGGACAGGUAGGGCAUCUCCAUCAGCUCUUCCGUCCAACAUGACUAGUCCCUCAGACCCAACAAGUACUGCUACCACUAUCCCCUCCAACGAGAAGACUGCAGACAGCAAGGGUCAAAACUCAACCAGCAUCGCUGCCAUAGUCCUUUCGACUUUGCUGUCUAUCUUUGCAGUGGCAUUCACAGUCUAUGUUUGCCUCAAGGGACGACGCAGGAGAUUCUGGACAGUUUCUAGGGGCAGUCGCAAGGGUUUAAUGCCAGUGGGCGUCGGGGUAUGGAUCGGGACAAGGGGCAGCGACGAGAGCGACGAGGAAGUGGCAUGCGAGCGGCCCAUGAACCAUACACGGGUCAGCACACCAGAUACACCGGCACUGAGCGUGGUAUGGGAGACAAGAUCUGGCGCGCCUCAGAUACCAAGGUCGAUCAUAUCACGCGGAUGCAGUCCACCGGAGGUAGAAGGAGGCAUCAGGAUCCCCAUCUUCGGGCUAGGGGAAUACCGGCGCACACGGGUAAAAGUUCCCGGGGCCGCGCUAGACGACAGCCCGGAGGGAGGCACGCCCUCGAGGCACGGGAGCUGGGUGUCGAGGGUGUCGAGGAUGCUGUCCAGGGCGGCGCGGUCCUCGACCACGAGCCGGUCCUCGUCGCGCUCGAGGUCCCGCUCCGCGUGGACGACGCGCAGGCCAGCGUCCGAGGAGUGGGAGCACUUCUUCCAGGGCAGAGGCCCCGGCGGUCUUACUGUCCCCAACCUCACGUACUCGCGGCCGUCUUCUACGGCCUCCACGUCGUCCUAUCCGGACGACCGCAAGGACUUGUUCGACCUCGAGGAAUCGGCGAGGCGGCUCCCCGAGAUCCGCAGUUUCGACAGGCUGAGCGAGGGCACGUUCGGCCUGCGCGGGCGGUCGAGCGACAGGAGCGCAAAGAGGAAAUCCUGA